AAUUCUGGCCCACUCCACACCGCCACCAUUGAUCGACCUAUAAAAUUGAAAUCGUCGUUACCCUAAAACCCUCCAACCCUUCUUCUCUCUCAGCCGUCAGCGACUGCCCUCUGUGAACUACGGAAAAUGCCUUUCAAGCGCUACGUUGAAAUUGGACGGGUCGCCCUGGUCAACUACGGGAAGGAGUAUGGAAGGCUUGUCGUCAUCGUGGACGUCAUCGACCAGAACAGAGCUCUCGUCGAUGCUCCCGAUAUGGUGAGGACUCAGAUGAACUUCAAGAGGCUGUCGCUCACUGAUAUCAAAAUCGACAUCAAGAGGGUCCCCAAGAAGAAGACCCUCAUUCAAGCUAUGCAAGAAGCUGACGUCCAGGCUAAAUGGGAGAAGAGCUCUUGGGGGCGGAAGCUUAUUGUCCAGAAGAAGCGGGCUGCACUUAACGAUUUUGAUCGGUUCAAGCUCAUGUUGGCCAAAAUCAAGAGAGGUGGACUGAUAAGGCAGGAGCUUGCCAAGCUGAAGAAGGAGGCCACUUCUUAAGUUUCAAAUCCUUGAGUUUCCCUAAAUUUUGUUGGUCGAUAUCCAUGUUAUUCUGAUUUUGACCACUUGGUCAUUUUCCUUUUAAAUUGGACCGAGUUGUAAUGGUAGUUUAAGGUGAAUUGUUUUGGAAAUGUUGAACGCAUUUAAAGGGAUAGCUUCUCUGUUUCAUCUGUCCCGUUCCUUCUUUUAUUAAGACUAUGGGGUGUCCCAAGUGCGAAAGA